CCAAAUUUGUAAAGUGCGGAAGGCGCACUAGCAAAACACUAGCGGGGAAAGAGCGAUUAAUACUUUCGUUAAACAUCGGUUAUUUAUCCAAAAUAUUCUCUUCAAGAUGGCUCAACAGGCAGGAUAUUCACCCAACUUCAAGCGACCAUCUGAAAUCAUGCGAAUGCGAAGGAAAAGAGCCCGAAGCGAAGCCGGAAUCUUCUCCAGCCCGAGCGGCCAGGGCUCCACCAGCAGCCCCGGACAAAGCGACUCAUCCCCGGCUUGCGUUCGGCCUUUCUCCCCGGGACCGCUGCUCGUCACUCAGUCUCGCUCCGGCGGUGGAGUUAAACGCAGAAAUCCCUUCGCGAAUAUCGAGAAUACUUUCAGCCCGAAGAAGAAAUUGUUAAUUUACAACGAUGAGGGAAAUGCAGAAUCAGCGGAGAGUUAUCAGGGAAAUAAACAGACGGAAAAGGAGGGAGAGGAGGUGACAACAAAGAGAGAGUGUCGAGGAGCGCUACCUUUCAGUGCGAGGCUUUCAGAAGUCGAACAAUAUGAGAAAGAUACCUCCACCAAGAAGAGUCUCACUUUCUCCGAGGAUGAUUCUCUCUUUGAAGAGGAUGAGGAGGACAUUAAAAGUCCAAUACUAAGGAGCCCCCAGUCCAUUGCUCCUGCCUCCAUUGCACCUCCACUCUGCACCCAGUACCCAACAGACUGGAGCCUUAAGACCCGCGUCCUCUUCACCUCCCCACUCUCCCUCUCAUGGGCAGAGCACCCGAAAGCCCAGGAGGAAGCUCUGGGGCUCAGCCAGCACUGCAAGGCUCAGUUUAGCACCCUGCCUCACAGUAUUCAGGAUCCUAGAUCGUGCUCGGAGCUACGUUGUGCCUUCCAGCAGAGUCUGGUGUACUGGCAGCACCCCUCGCUGCCUUGGCUCUCCAUGUUCCCCCGGAUUAACGCAGAGAGGAGCUUUACAGGAAAGAGCACACCAUGGGCCCAAGAUACAGCACUGCAGAAGAGCCUCAUGAGUGAAUGGUCAGUCAGUCUGUCAUCUCUCUACAGUCUACUAAAAGCCAGACUGUGUCCUUACUUCUAUCUCUGCUCCUAUCAGUUUACAGUGUUGUUCAGGGCAGCUGGCCUUGGUGGCUCUGGCAGCAUCACAGCCUUAAUCUCUCCUACAACCAGAGGCCUCAGAGAGGCCAUGAAGGCCGAAGGUAUAGAGUUCAGUCUCCCUCUAGUGGACGAGAGGAGGAAAAGUAGGGAGCAAAAUGUGCACCAGGAAGAUGAAGAGGAGCAGGAGAAACUGCAGGAGAGCUCCGAGCUAAAAGAGGUUGAGGAAUGUAAACCAGCUGAAGAAAAAGAAGGCUGCAGAUACGAUGACGAUGAUGAUGAUGGUAGUUUCUCAUGGCUGAAGGAGAUGGGAGUCCAGGACAAGAUCAAGAAGCCGGACAGCAUCACCAUACAACUUCGUAAAGAAGGCCAUGCGGUCUCCAUGGACCACAAACCGGAGUCUGUGGUGUCUGUGGAGGGCUCAGACACCUUCACACUCAUCAACUUCCUGAUCAACUGUAAGAGUCUGGUGGCUACAGCAGGCUCACAGGCUGGGUUACCUCCCACACUGCUGGCCCCCAUUGCCUUCAGAGGAGCUACGAUGCACACACUGAAGGCCCGCAGUGUGAAUGUGAAGAGCCAGGUUGGUUCAACGUAUCAGAACAUCAGCAGCCUGGAGAUCACAGGACCUAUCUUCCCCUCGUCUCUCCACGCUGUCACAACUCUCCUUCGACCCGCACAGAAAGGAAACUUCUCUGCCACUCUUUACACGCACGCACCGACCGCUGUCAUGAACAUACACAGCAACAAGCAACAGAGUGCCAGUGUGUCUGUGGACCUGUGCGGCUGUGGUCUCCAAGCCACCUCCAUCCAACAACUCCAGCAGUCGUCCAGCCUGGGCAAGACGGCUUUGACUCACAUCAACAUGAACAACUACAGCUACACAUGGAAGAACUGACGGGCCGAGGUGCUGAAGAAGCAACGUGUGUCUCCUUUACAAUGAUUUACAAAUUUUAUUGCACUGCAUGGUACUUUGAAUUGUUUAAAUCUGUGUUUUUGUAAUACUUGAAUAGCUUUGAAUAAUGUAUUUUAUCACUUUUAAUUUCUUAUAUAUCAAAGAACAUUUUACUCAGAUGAAAUGCUUUCAGUUCAGCUUUUAUGAUAUUAAAUGACUACUGCAGUGAAACAUGUUUUAAAGUUUAAAGCUGAGAAAAAUAAAUGUAUUCUCAGAUGUU